AUGGUAGACUAUAAAUGGGAUGUGGGGACUUAUUUUGCUGAGAAGCAAGACUUUGUGGAUGCAAUAAAAACGUAUGCAGUAAAAAAUGGCAGGAAUAUUAAAUAUCUUAAAAAUGAUAAGAAGAGAAUUAGAGUCAAAUGUAUGGGUGGUAAAGGAGAAUGCCCCUGGAUGACAUAUUGUGGAUAUAUGGAAACAGUUAAAACAUGGCAACUUAGGACUAUUGUUGACAACCAUAGCUGUAGUAAGGAGCACAAAGUAAGAUUACUUAAUGCAAAAUGGUUGAGUAAGAGGUUGGAAAAAAUAGUUAGAGAAAAUCUCAAUGUGAAGGGAUUGAAAAUUCGUGAAAAGAUAAAUAGGAAGUUGAAUGUUGGUGUAUCGAGAUGCAUGGCUUAUAGGGCAAAGGCCAUUGCUUCAGAGCAAGUUGACGGGUCUUUCAAAGACCAAUUUAAAAGGAUUUAUGAUUAUGAAAAUGAGGUGCUAGCUCGUAAUCCAGGAUCCACAAUGAAGAAAGGAAGAUAUGGUGGUGAAUUAUUAAGUGUUGUUGGUAGAGAUGCAAAUGACCAAAUGUUACCUCUAGCGUAUGCCGUGGUGGAGGUAGAGAACAAGGAUACUUGGAAAUGGUUUCUUGAACUUCUUGUUGAAGAUCCUUGUGGAGAGGAAGUAAGUUCAUCAUUUACAUUGAUGUUGGAUCAGGAAAAGGGACUAAUGCAAGCUAUACAAGAAGUGGUGCCUCGAGUUGAUCAAUGUUUUUGUUUUAGGCACCUAUACGCUAAUUUUAGAAAGAAUUUCCCUGGAAAACAACUGAAGCGUUUGAUGUGGAAAGCAACAUCAGCAACCCAUCCACAAGCAUGGGAAUUAGAAAUGAGAAAUAUAAAAGAACUAAAAGAUGAGGCCUUUAAAUACUUGCUGAAAAUUCUUCCCAGACAUUGGUCACGUUCAAGAUUUAGCACCAUACCUCGAUGUGAUACGUUGGUCAACAACAUGUCUAAGGCUUUCAAUAGUGUUUUGCUGCAUACAAGGUCGAAGCCAAUCAUAAGCAUAUUGCAGGACAUUCGCAUUUACUUGAUCAAGAGAUGGGCAACUAACAGGAGUAAAAUACAAUCAUUGUCUGGGGACAUUUGUCCUAAAAUCAAAACUAGGCCAAACAAGGAGUAUCAGUUAACUAAACACUGGAUUCCAUGGUAA